AUGGUUCAAGUCUUAAAUGUCGUUCUUGCAUUCAUCGCAUGCAUUCACGCCAUUCUUGAUUGGAUCUGGUUUGAAAUGGUCGAAUAUUUUGAAUCUGUUACCGAAACAGAAAUUGAACCAGAAUCUAAUGAGGAACCUUCCCAAAAUCGGGUUCCGGCAACAAACCUGAUGCAAGAGCAAACUGGCCAGACCCGCAUAAUAUUACCCCUACCUAAUAUUAUGUGGAAACCUGACCAAGUCUCUGCCUUACCCGACACUGUUUUACCUGACACUACCUUACCUGACACUGUCUUAAUACCUGAGUCUUUUUCUGAAGAAGGCCUAACUGCCUUACCCGAGUGCGAAUCAGAUGGCCGGAAAUUCCAGCCACAAAAUGAAGAGAAACCGGAUUCAUCAGAUGAAACAAUUAAGAAAAUCAAAGAUGACAAUUCGAAACUGAAAAUCGAUUUGGAGACGUCAGCUACUGAGUUGAGUUUAAAAUGUGUGGAAAUACAGCGACUGACGGCUGUGACAAACGAACUGAACCAGAAAUUACAGAAAACCUCGUUGAAAAACGACGAGCUGAUUCUGAAGUUGGCUACUACGAGAAAUAUGGCUUCGACCAGUCAAUCCGACUUCAACGAGACAGAAUCAAAACUAACCAAAGAGUUGACAGAGUUGAAAGUUCAGUUGAUUAUCCAGCAGAAACUGCUGGAAGAAAAGGAAGUGACUCUGGAGUUAAUGUUACAGGAAAAAAAAAUUACUGAUCACAUGCUCGAGGAGAACCACAAACAGGAACUUAACUUUUUUUUAACUGAGUUGACGGAAAUGAAGGCGGAAAAUCAACGCAUUUCCGAGGCACGCGAUGCUGCUAUCCUGUCCGCGGAAGAAUCCAGAAUAUUAGCCGAAGAACGACAAGUUGCAAUCGAUCUCCUUCAGUCGAAUAUAACUCAAUUAAAAACAGAGUUAACUGCAUCCGAUUCUCAAAUCGACGAGCUCAAGAAGGAGAAAGGUGUUCAGCUUAGCAAUGCCUCGACGUGGGCAGACACCGAAUCACAGCUGCGGAAUGAAAUCAUAAAUUUGAAAGCUAAUCCAACGCAAACUGAAAAUGAUACUCUAUCGGAGGAGCUGAAACUCCUAAACGCCAGUUUGGAAUCGGUCAGAGAGAGUCUGGCAGAGAAGACGACUAAGAACAACCAAUUAAGUUCUCGUAAUUUGGAACUGGUAGGCAAAAACUCUUUGCUAGAAGAGAAAAAUGAGACCCUGAUGAAGGAGGCUAAAGAUUUCCAAGAAAAACUCCAGCGACUAGAAAAAGAGAUUCAAGAUGUAUGGGAAAAUCAUGAUGCAGUUUUGGAAUCAGCGACGAGAUCGGAAAAAUUGGCUGAAGCGCAAGUGAAGGCGCUAUCGGAAGCUCUGGCUGCACUGCAAGAAGCAGUUAAAGUUACCCAAGACUCAGCUAAAGCGACGGAAACCGAACGCCAAUCGAUGAACUCUGAUGGCGCGACCGAAGCACCGGACCGGAAAAAAGUUACCUGGAUUAAAAAACUGCUGGGCAAGCGAAAGACCCAAAAGGCAAAUCAGAACAAAGAUGAUACUGGAUACGUAAAUUUGCUGUUAACAACAGGGCUCAAUAUGGUGGAAAGAGCCAAAAAUCUGCAAGUUCAUGCAAUUAAUUUAAAAGCAGAAGGCAAAGCCCUGAAAAAGAAAGCUAAAACCAUUCAGAAAUAA